AUGCUUGGACCCAUAGAUGCGGUUUACACCUGGGUCAACGGGUCAGAUCCUAUAUGGAAGAGUGAUAGGGACUUUUGGUAUCAGCGCUGGGUCCAGGAAUAUGAUGCACCUGCCCUUGAUCUCCGAAAUAGUCAGAACAAUGGCUCUGAUAAGGCGAAUGAUGCUUUCGCCGACAAUCAUUUCCGAGACAAUGACGAGCUUCGAUAUUCAAUUCGCUCACUGGAAACAUAUGCACCUUGGAUACGGCAUAUAUACAUCGUGACAAAUGGCCAGGUUCCUACUUGGCUGAACCUGGACAAUCCCCGUGUCACAAUUGUCAAACACUCGGAAAUUUUCGAAAACUCCUCACACUUACCGGUCUUUUCUUCCACAUCUAUUGAGAGCAAUCUGGAUAGAAUUGCUGGGCUCAGUGACACAUUCAUAUAUUUCAAUGACGACAUUUUUCUAGCUGCACCUAUUUGGCCAGAUGAUUUUAUCACACCAUCAGGGGUACAAACCAUCUACCUCUCCCACCCAGUUCCAUUGGGCUAUGAUGCAUAUCCGGAGCAUAGAGCUUGGUUUGAGAACAGUGUUUCGGAUAAGCCCCAACUGCCAUUUGAGCUCGAGUCUGAUGAUUACGGCUUCGUGGAUGAUGGGAAUGGGGAAGUCAAAAUUGAGCGGCUAGCCGGGAAAGUCUAUGCCUCAUCGGCAUGCGAUGUGGAAGGCGCAGAGAUCCCACAGUCAUUGCUUGACGCAGUUGUGGAGAGUGAUGUCCCUGUAGGACACGGCCACAUAAGCGUUGCCUUACACUCAACCCACAAUCGUACCUCAGAGGACGUCGAGGCAUCAACCACGCCAGAUAGCAUGCUAAGGCUGGAAACCAACACCAGAAUAAAACUUGCUGCCCUACUAGAUGCAUUUUCGCAGUGCCCCCAUGCCGACGACUUGGUUGCUAAUGCAAUCAGAUCUGUGAUAAAGGCAUUCAACGGUCGCUUCCCAUCCUCAAAGCAUCUCCGAAGAGUCCCGUCUCACAUGCCUCAUAUGAUGAACAAGCAAAUACUUACCGAGCUCAAAGGCAUGUUUCCACAACAAUUUCAGCUGAAUUCAGCACAUCGAUUUCGCCACCCACAGGACCUGCAGGUUGGCUUUGCCUAUUUCAACUAUUUGAUUAAUCGCCACGACUUUCUAUCGUCUAACCUGUGCGGGCUGCGGGAUCAAGGCAUUGAGGCCAGUCACAUUUGCACAAUUGAAGAAGGUGAAAUUCAAAGCAUCGAAAGCCUUCUGUACGGAACAAACCUACCCUCAGGGUUUCAUGACUUCGUUCAAAUGUGCCUUCAUAAUAGCUCUGAGUUUAAGAGCAUCCUGGGAUUACCAACGAGGACGGGAAGCACCACAGGCUUAUCUAUCGAGGACGUGGAGCGUUGCAUCGAUAUGCCAGGUUUGCGAUCGCGUUUGCAGAAGAAGGAAUAUAGACUGAAGAUGGGAACCGAUGUGACCUUUCAGAUGCUGGGAGACGACUACCAGACCACUAUCGACCAACUACAAUCGAUAAGAGACCGACCAACAAAGUUCAUUUGUCUCAAUGACGACAUGAAGGGCCCAUCGAUUGAAGUGAAACAAGCUUUGAGGCAGUUACUUGAAGAUCUGUGGCCUCUGCCUUCAACCUUUGAGCUACCGACUACACCGGUUAAUUUCCAACGAGACACGGUAGCAAUCUUGCAUGGGUAUGACGUGUCUCCACAUCUUUAUUUCCUUCUCAGUUUAUUUGUUGGAAGCAUCCUCAUGGUGCCGUUAUUUUUGCGAGUAUCGAAGACCCGAGCUCGGGGCAAAAAAUAA